CCAAGAAGAGGCGCGCCUGGUCUGGCAGGCCGGAUCCCGCAAAUGAUUGCGUCUCUGCCCGCUCCGCCAUCCAGUUCCAAGAUUCCCCCUCUUCUGCCGCUGUGCUCGUUUACUGGUGGGUGGGCGCUUCUCUCCGCGACACUUUGCAGACGCUCCCCAACGCUGGGCAUGGGUGCCGCCACCACCGUCGGUCCCAGGGCUGGAGUCCUUACGCGGGUGGUGCCCCUGAGGGCUCAGCUGCUGGGUCUGAAGGAAGCCUCGCUAUGAAUGACCGAAGCAACCGUAGGCGGACAAUGAAGGACGAAGAGACCUUUGAGAUCUCCAUCCCCUUCGAAGAGGCACCCCACUUAGACUCACAGAUUUUCUACAGUCUGAGUCCCUCUCGGAGAAAUUUUGAGGAGCCUCCAGAGGCCACCUCCCCAACCCUGACCCUGAUGAACAGCGUUAAGGCCCAGCUGCACAUGGCCCUGGAAAGGAACUCAUGGCUGCAGAAGCGCAUUGAAGACCUGGAGGAGGAGAGGGACUUUUUGCGGUGUCAGCUGGACAAGUUCAUUUCCUCCGCUCGGAUGGAUGCAGAGGACCACUGCCGGAUGAAGCCUGGGCCACGGAGGGUUGAUGGGGACAGCCGGGCUGGGGUUGGGGGUGAAGCCUCAGACCCUGAGUCGGCAGCCUCCUCCUUCGGUGGGGCGUCUGACGAGGGCAGUGCCAGUGAAAGGAAGAGGCAGAAGCAGAAGGGAAGUACUGGCCGGAGGCGAUUUGGGAAGCCCAAGGCUCGAGAGAGGCAGCGGGUGAAGGACGCUGACGGGGUCCUCUGCCGCUACAAGAAGAUCCUGGGCACCUUCCAGAAGCUGAAGAGCAUGUCUCGAGCCUUUGAGCAUCACCGUGUGGACCGGAACACGGUGGCGCUGACCACGCCCAUCGCGGAGCUGCUCAUUGUGGCUCCCGAAAAGCUGGCUGAGGUGGGAGAGUUCGAUCCGUCCAAGGAGCGCCUGCUGGAGUACUCCCGCCGCUGCUUCCUGGCGCUGGACGACGAGACUCUCAAGAAGGUGCAGGCUCUAAAAAAGAGCAAGCUGCUCCUGCCCAUCACCUACCGCUUCAAGCGGUGAUGCCGCCGCCCCGCAGACGGCUCGCUAGCCCGGGGCGCCGCCAGGGCCAGAUGCUGCCCUUUCCUGAGCACUGGGCCCUGCCCUUCGGCCGCCCACUCUGGGCACGCCAUCUCCAUUCCACUCCGCAAGGACGGCCACCUCGGCCUCCCCAGCCAGGAGUAGCCCAUUUGCAUCUCACAUGAAGACAGAGCAUUAUUCAGAUAAUUUAAAUUAAAGAGACAUGAACAUUUUCAAUAAAUUGGGCCCCAGGUCUUCCUAGAAAGGGGAUGGAUGGGUAGGGAGGGGGUGGCCGUCGCCAAGGAGACCGAGAUGGGAGCGCUCAGGCAGGAGCCUCUAGAAAGGUUGGGGAGGACAGGGUGUAAUUAUCCUCAGGAGGCAGAAGUGAGAAGGGGAGCAGCAGCCAGCAGCCUCUUCCCAGAGAAAACUAGGAAGGAAGCAGACUCUAAAGCGCAGCUGUGUGGAUUCAUUUCUGCCGCCCGCCAGGAGUCAGAAGAUUGCAGUCCCAGAGGUGGCACGUCCUGCGCUUGCGUGCCGAAAGAAGCCGAAGCAACGGCGGAAAAAGCCGAAGUUUUCCCUUGCGCAUGAGGCUUUCCCGAAGCAGUGGCGGAAGGGAACGAAAUUCUCCGGAAGGGGCGGAGUGACCCAGUGAAACCUCCGGAAAGAGCCGAAGAUUAGAUUCGGGCUUAAUAUCUUGAGGGGUCGUGAGCGAGCGCUGGAAACCUUCGGAAAGAGCCGAAGGUCUGGACGGUUAGGAUUGUUGGAAGUGACCGACUGCUUGGACAGUGCCAGCGAGGGGUGGGACGAGUCUCGAGGAAGCGAGAGACUGAGACGGUUUGAGUUGUAGGAAAAACCCGGACCUUUACAGGGUGCUGGCGUAGGACCCACGGAAUCCUCCGAACGUUGAGACGCUUGUCUCCGAAAAGUUACCGAAACUUGGGCAGCCUGCAAAAUUCUCGCAUUGGGUGGUUUCGAGGGUAGCCGUCGCCUCCUGCAGACUUCUCGUCUACAGUCCGAGAAUAGCCGACUGGCUUCGGAGCCGGGCUCGGGGCAGU